GAAUUCUGAGAGUGAGGGAGAAGGAUCUUGGUAGCAACUGUCUUUGAGAAAGUAGCUUUAUGGGACACAACACAUACGAGAACGAAUGAGCAUUUAAAAAAAUGUAUUUCCUUCAUUAGAGGAGUGCCAAAGAAUGGUCUACACAAGGCAGGCUAUUGCGAAACAGUCCGUGAGUUUGGAACCACAGCUAGGGGAUGGAUUUGGACUACUAACGUUACUGCGGAUUGAGUGAAAAUGGUCAGCAUUGUUGUGACUCGGGAUUUCUAGAAUAUAAAGGCGAUGAGAAUUAAGGGAGCCUAACAUCGAAAUGUGGUAGGCAUAUUAUGUGGACUGCCGUUUUCAAUCUGGGAACUAGAUGAACUGUCAAAUCACCGCAUGAAACGCAUUCAGUGACUUGGGUUGGGAAUCGCGGAAUUACCCGAGAUUAGUCGAGUGUUUCUUUCGUAUACAUUGUUACGUGUGGAAUAGCAUUUUUUUUUGCUUACUGGAGGUUCCUCUCGCCUGUGCACUGGAACUUUAAUAAAGGCAUGAGACACCCGGCAAAAGGCACGCGUUGUUGAACCCUAGCCCGUGUUCCCUACGGCGCAGUAAAAACCGACGGAUGGUCUCCAUUGUCAGUUGUCUACAUUGUUGCAUCGGGGCUUGGUUAAAUGUUCUGUUUAAUUGGCUCCGUAUCAUGGAAAACUACACCCACUGUCCAGUUGUAGGUUUCAGGACCUUUUGGAUAACACGUUUAUCAAUUUUAGGCGCUGCAGUUUAUAGCCUACCAGCAUCAAAUACCUCCGCAUUUAGCGUAGUCAACUGAACGGCGAGGAAUUCCACAUCAAUAGUUAUUUUUAUUGCAAUGUGUGAGUACAAUUGCGCAUGUGUUGAAUUAUUUAACCCGUGGACUUGGCUACAUAUUUGGAACAUGCAUGGAGGACUAUUUAAUUGAGGGCACAAUUGAAAACAGACGCGUUGGAGUCUCGAGCCACUUGAUCUUGAUACCUGUAACUUUCUUCUCCGGCUUGGAGCCCCUUUUAUAAAAAUACGUUCGUUCAUCGUGCCUUACAUUUUGUUUUCAUUAAGCCAGUCAGACAUUUGUAGGACUUGACACCGACCUAUUCAGCAGGCUAGUCUACAGCCCCACAUCUUGUAAACAAUUAGACUCUUGAAGAACCUGCCUGCGGUAGACCUAACACCGGUCGGAAGCUAUAUUUGAAGACUCCUGUAUUCAAGACUGCUUACUGGAUUUACUGAGAUCUACGAUGUCAAUUUCACCAUACCGCAGAGGAACUCUUCUGCUCUGUGUGGCGCUCAUUUCUAAUGCAUUUGCAGGUAAAGUAUCCCCGACUAGCCCAGAUGCUCUCCUGAGCUCUUCAGCAGUCACCCCCACCCCUCCGGACAUCUACCUGCCCGCCAACUUCAAGCUUUCCAAUGCCCAGCUGGCCUUCUUCCUGCGAGAGACCAGGUCCUCGGGCCAAAGCAGCGGUAGCCCCGCCAACAAACACCCUCUCCAGCGUUCCGAAAGCUUUGUGGUCUUCCAGACCAAGGAGUUUCCCUCCGUUAACAUAACCUUUGGCCCAUUCACCCAGGACCAGAGCCUAUCCAAGGACCUCCUCCAGCCCUCCAGCCCUCUGGACAUCCUCGGGCGGCUAACGGUCAACUGGAAGGUCCGGGCCUUCAUCGUCCAGUCGAGGGUGUUAUCUAGCAACCCCGUGGUCCAGGUGCUCUUCUACAUUGCCGGUCGCGACUGGGAUGACUUCAAAGUCCAGGACAAGCUGCCCUGCGUCAGGCUCCACGGCUUCCGGGAUGUGCGCGAGAUCAAGACGUCGUGCCGCCUCCGGGGGAACCUUGCCCAGUGCUUGGCCCAGCUGGAGUUGCCCCCCACCUGGUUCAACACCAAUGUGGCCCCCCUGGGACGCAGGAAAAGCUCCAGCGACAGCCUGGAGCUGAGCGGGGAGUCCCUCCAGGCCGAGCUGUACUACACCCUCCAUGACCCGGACAGCGGAGGGGAGUGCGGCGAGAACUCGGGCCGCAGAGGAGGAUCACGGGGCGAGCCUCCCUCUCAACAUCCCCUCCUCCGCAUUGGUAGCAUCAGCCUGUACCAUUCCAGCCAGAAGCAGUUGGUGGUGGACAAGCAGCUGGAUAAGAACAUGUUCCUGAGGUUGCCUGAGAAGUCGCUGAAGCCAGGAGAGACCCUCAACAUCUUCCUCUACCUGGUGCCCAAUUCCACAGUGGAGCUGUUCACCCUCAAGGUCAAGGCAAAGAAAGGGGUGAAUCUUCUGCAAACCAAGUCAAAGAAUGCCCAGUGGACUGUGGACUGGGAAGUGCAGUCCGGGGCAAAGCAUUCCAUCACCACCAUCAACGUGAACAAGAACAAAGGAGUACAAGCCGGGGAUGCGCUGGCCAAUAUUGAGGUGAUGCAACUGGACUUUGAGAUGGAGAACUUCACCAGCCAAUCAGUCACCAGGAGGAUCAACUGGAACAUCGACUACCGGGGACAGAACCCGCCUCCGGACUCGGAGAAGGUGGUGACUGAGUUGACCGUGGUGCAGAAGGACAUUCAGGCUAUCAUCCCACUCUCCAUGGACACCGAAAUCAUUAACACUGCGAUACUGACUGGCCGAACCGUGGCCAUUCCCGUGAAAGUGGUCUCCAUUGAAAUGAGUGGAGUCGUGACUGAUGUAUCAUCCUUCGUAGAGUGCAAGUCCUCUAACGAAGACAUUGUGAAGGUGUCCAUGAAUUGUGACUAUGUUUUUGUGAACGGGAAAGAGACACGGGGCUCCAUGAAUGCCCGGGUCAUCUUCAGCUAUGAGCACCUCAGUGCCCCCCUGGAGCUGACCGUGUGGGUGCCCAAACUCCCCCUCCAAGUGGAACUGUCCGACAGCAACCUGAGCUUCAUCAAGGGCUGGAGGGUACCCAUUCUUCCUGACCGCAGGAGCGCCAGAGACAGUGACGUGGAUGACGACGAGGACGACCGGCGAGUGAGUCGGGGCUGCACCCUGCAGUACCAGCGCACCCUGGUCAAGGUCCUGACCCAGUUCCACACCACCUCCACCGAGGGCACCGACCAGGUCAUCACCAUGCUGGGGCCCGACUGGCAGGUGGAUGUGACCGACCUGGUGCAAGACUCGCUGAAAGUGGUCGACCCCAGGAUAGCUGAGCUGGUGGACCGCACUGUGCUGGUGGGCCUGGAGCUGGGGUCCACUGUACUGAAGGUGGAGUCUCCACUCGCCGUGGAGGCCAUGUUGGGAGAGACGCUAUUUUCCGUCACUGACGAGAAAGUCUCCAUCUUGGAACUUCGCGUCCAUGCUAUCUCCGGACUUGCUCUGUCAAUACAGCCCAGCCCUGGCAACAGUCACACUAUGGUUGCCAAGGCAACUGGCCUGCAGACACUUACUGCACCAAAGCAGGAGGCCAGCUUGUCCAUCUGGAUUUACUACAGCGACAGCACCGCGUCGCCUCUGACCUUCUUCGACCCCAAGGACUACAAUCUCAACGCUUCCACGCUGAACGACAAGGUGGUGUAUGUAUCCCAGGAACCUCAGCAGCGCUGGCCAGUGGUGGUGGCAGAGGGCGAGGGCUCCGGGGAAAUUGUGCGCAUGGAGAUGACCAUCUGUGAGGCCUGUCAGAAGACCAAGCGCAAAAGCAUCAUUGCUUCGGCCCCUGUGUACGUGAAAGUCCGCUUCGGACCGGAGGAAGACUCAGAGGAGGAAAUGGAGAUUGAAAUCGAGCCAGCCCGUGUCACCAGGCAGCCAGUGGUGGACUCCAACAUCGGUGGUGGAGGCUUCGAGCCAUCCAACGAGCAGCCGGCGAGCGUUCCCAUCGACUACACCAACUUUCCGACCAUCAGCAACCAAGAGAGGCCCACUGAGGGAGAGGAAGAGGAGGAAGACGAUGACUUCAUCCACGCACCCCGUAGCAUGACCGACCUGGAGAUCGGCAUGUAUGCCCUACUGGGCGUCUUCUGCCUUGCCAUCCUGGUCUUCCUCAUCAACUGCAUCGUGUUCGUCCUCAAGUACCGCCACAAGAGAAUCCCCCCCGAGGGCCAAGCCAACAUGGACCAUUCCCACCACUGGGUUUUUUUAGGGAACGGACAGCCCUUGAGGGCCCAGAGUGAUCUUUCACCCCAGACGGUGGAGAACCCCAUCAACCCCAUGGAGGGGUUACAGACAUGUUGCCACGGGGACCACCACAGCAGCGGCAGCUCACAGACCAGCGUUCAAAGCCAGGUCCAUGGGAGGGGCGACGGCAGCUCUGGGGGCUCCACCAAGGAGCACGGCGAGGAGGCCAGCUCGCCCACAUCCAAGCGCAAGCGCGUCAAGUUCACCACCUUCACCACGCUCCCCACAGAAGACAUGCCCUACAACUCUAUCCCCAUCGCAGAUGAAGAGGACAUUCAGUGGGUCUGCCAGGACAUGGGCUUUCAGGACCCAGAGGAAUUGCAUGACUACAUUCGCAGGAUAAAGGAAAUAGCCUGAAGGGGCGGCUGUUAAGAAGCCUUGGAGCUUUCUAAAAAUACUUUCCUUUCUAUUUUUCUCUUUUUCACUUUAGUGACAACUUUUCACAAACAAAAACCAUGGCCAACUACUCUUCUGUUUUUGUUUGGGUUCUUUUUUGUUCUUUGCACAGUGCUGUUUCCCGUACACACUCACUUUUUUUGGAAGUCGUAAAAACAAUUGGAAAGUCAAAGACUGGACUAAAGGAUUUUAAACGCUAGUGAAAUGGCUUUGUGUGGAUGUCCUUUCUACAGAGGUAGGGGAGUACACUCUCAAAUGGAUUUAGAAGCUUCAGUCAUGAGCACUGUUUUGGAGGAUGGAUUUGAAGUUCUCUGUUACUGAGGGUUAGUUAGCAGACAGGAGUGUUUUUAGCAGGACGGGUUGGGUCUUGGCUCUGUGUUUGUCGGUUUAUCCAAACUCCAAGUACCUUUUCCAACAAAGAGGCCUUUGAUGUGCAGAUUACAUUUCAAAGAGACCGUUUUUGGGACGCAUGGUUUUAGGCCAACAUGGGACAACAUGAUGGACAACUAAUUGUCAAAGACGCUCAUUAAAAACCAUGUUACGGAUUUAUUUUUAUCUUACCAAAGUAGGGAAGCAUUCGUCAAUGGCAAAACCUCCUUCGUUGUUCUUGGUAUAGCACAUACUAUGGUUUCAUUCGAUGUCAUUACCGUACAUUUUGCUAACUUUCAUACAUAGUCCAAAUCAGUGCCCUACUACUAUCCUGAUUAAGUCUAAUGCCUUAGAAUGGGUUAUAGAAUGGGUUUCACUGAUCACUACUGAUUUCAAUGCUGACACCCUGUUUGCACACUUUGGGUUAAAGGGCAGUGCGGGGGGCAAUUAUCCAAAACGCUACAACUGGUCAAAGGUUUAGUUAUAUUGGAAAAGACAAGAGCUUGUACGUAUAUCAUGAAGUAAACUAUCUCCAAAAUUAUUUGCAUGAAAGGAGAUACUGAGGCACAAUCAGCAAUUUUCCAAAUUUAUAGAUGUUUAAAUUUGUAAUUCUUAUCUAAUCAUGCCUAGACAAUACUAAAGGACAUAUGUUAUCAUGCAUUACAUGCAUGCCGUGCCAGACCUGCCUACUACAUCCCUUCCUCAUAUGUACAUACCAUGGCCAGCUGAGGUCCUCUUCAGCAACAACAUUACAUUGAACUAGUUAUCAGGCAGAAAAGGGGGGAAGUGAUGUGUGCUGGGAACAUGUUGGCCCAUCACUGUAACCAUAGUGUUUCCUCUGCAGUUUUUACUAUGAUUUCCCACUGUACACCGAGGCCCUAACAAUUACAAUGAAAAAACUCUCAUCCCGACAAAAGAUUUUGCAGCAGAAAUCAUUCCCUUUCCUUUUUUUCCUUCUUAUUUUUAAACAACUCGUGUAAUCAUGCUCCCAUAGAAAUUAAGUUAAUUCUUUAAAUGUUUUGGAUUUCUGUGUAUGGUUUUGUAUUGUUCUGUAUUACUGCACUGUUGGAGCUAGAAACAUAAGCAUUUCGCUGCACCUGCGAUAACAUCUGCAAAAUAUGUGUACGCGACCAAUAAAAUUUGAUUUGAUUUGAUUUGACACCAACACAUUUGUACGGAGUCAGAAUAUUUGCGUUGCCAAUUUCCAAUGAACCUAAACACAUAAUGAGAAGUACUAUGUUCGGUCCAAAAUAUGUCAGUAAUAAAGCAUGGAUGCUGCAUACGAGCUGGUCAUGAUUGUCACAGGAGCCAAGCGCGCAGGUACUGACACAUUGUGCCAUUGUUAUGGUGGUGGCACCUAAUAAGUUUCUCAGAAUUGACUUGGUUUGAUGAAAUCUUGAUUUUGAUGUUAGGAGUUUUGGUUAGUGUACCUGCACAAAAUAGAAUGACUGUAAAUUAUGAAUGCAAUCAGAUGCCAUUUGUAGGUUUGGUUGCGUAGAGGCAUUGGCAAGAGUGUGACAAAUUUUAAAGCGCUGGGUGGGAUUCUUUUAAGGUAAGUAAUGUUAUUUCGUGCUGAUCUGAUGAUUUGCCUAGUUCUUUUCAGGAGUAAUAAAAAAUAAACUAAAUGAAAAUUGUUUCAAUUUUAAUUUCAGUUUAUUUAUAUGCUCUAAGUUGGGCUUGGAUUUGCUGUGUUUUUAAAAAAUCACAUGAUGACCAAUAUGACCACAAUGGAAGAGAAAAUGUCACCCAAGCAUUCAGUUAUGAGUUAUAAAUCAAUUCCAAUCAGUUAAUUUCUACAACAAAACAUCAACCUAGAUUGCUGAAUUUUGUAGCUAUCCUACAUGCUUUUUAGUUAUUUUAGAAUUUUAAAGAAUUUAUAGGAUGCCAUGUGAUGUGCAUUCCAAGUGGUUUCAUUGAAUAAUGGCCUAAUUCCACAAUGUGAUUAAAUCUCAAUUAAAUCCUGUUAACAUCUAAAGGUAGAUGGUCUUGAAAAUCAAAGACAUGACUAUUCAAGCUUCUGCUUCUAAUCCACACAAUUGCAAAGAAACGGGUUGAGGAAAUGAACAGUUGGUUACAGCAGGCCUUUCUUUUUUUAACCAUAGUUUUAACCCCCAUUCUAACAAUGGUAUCUCAGGAUGAAUGUAUUGAUAUUCUACUGUACUUUGAUCAUCAGAUGGAUAUGUUGUCUCUUGUAUUACUGUGGUCAACCCAAAUCAGUACCACUGCUUAACAACAGCGGGUUAAGUUUCUAAUAGCAGCUUUU